AUGGUGUCUUCAAUAAGGACUAUUGCGGCGGUGAGCACCCCGUCUUUCAUCUGGUCAGGUUAUCGACGGGCAUCAUUAUUGACGGUGGUGCUAGUAAUUUUCGAGAGGCACAUGCGCACAUGGAAGAGGUCCUUCCCCGACGAUGAGACGUCAAAUCUAGUACUGAAGGGGAUUCGACACGAGAUAUUGAAACGGAUUAAGAGGACAAACUGCUGCAGGAUUACCGCUACGGAGAGCAGGGAGGCAAUUAUUGACCCUGGAGUAGGCAGCUUUUUGGAGGGUCUCCGAUCCAAGCUCAGUACGGAGACUGACGACGACGAUAUAGGGUCCGACGAGGCAGGCGACCCGCCGUUUGACGAUGACGACGGGGAGGAGGGCAAUGUCACUCCACCUACAGUCGGGGACUACGUAGUCGAUGCAGAAAGCCAGAUAGAUGGGACUAUUGGAACAAUUACCGGGAUUAAUGUAAAUAUUGAAAACGACGUAGAGAGAGAUGUCAGUAUGAUGCAGGGCGGAGAAGAGCACUCGGGAGAAGUGGUCAGAAGACGGAGAGGGAGACCGCGCAGGAGCAAAGUACAAAGGGACGACUUUCAUAGACCAAGAUGCGAGCACAAUGGUAGAGGGGCUACCUCCUAUGUCCAGAAGACGAGCUCGUCUUUAGACCUCGGGACGACGUCUUUGAGGGAUGGGAGAAGGUUUUCGUCUUUAGCCUUCGCGACGUCGUCGGUUGACCAAGAGACGCAGGGCUCUCGUCGCGGGGCACCCAGGUGUCGGUAUGCAGGGAAAGAGCCCCCUUUUGGGCCACUUUAUGGUAUGUCCCGUGAGGAACUCAUUGUGCUUAAACGAUACAUACAGGACAACCUUAAAAAAGGCUUCAUUCAGGCCAGCUCUUCGCCUGCCGGUGCCCCUGUCCUAUUUGUUAAAAAGGCCGAUGGAACACUCCGCCUCUGUGUCGAUUAUCGUGGCCUCAACGAACUCACUGUCAAAAACCGCUACCCGCUGCCACUCAUCCGGGAAACUCUCGACCACCUUUCCAAAGCCAAGUGGUACACCAAACUUGAUCUUCGCCAAGGGUAUAAUCAGAUCCGAAUGGCUGAGGGUGAAGAAUGGAAAACAGCCUGCCGAACGCGUUACGGGCAUUUCGAAUAUACGGUGAUGCCCUUCGGCCUUACCAAUGCACCAGCCACCUUUCAACAUUUCAUCAAUGAUUGCGUCCGCGACUACCUUGAUAUGUUCUGUACAGCCUACCUCGACGAUAUUCUUAUUUACAGCGACACCUUCAAGGAACAUCAAAUACACGUCGAAAAGGUCCUGGAAGCCCUACAAAGAAAUGGAGUACUGUUGAAACCGGAGAAAUGCGAAUUUCAUACACAAAGCACCACUUAUCUCGGCCUUAUUAUCGAACCCAAUGGUAUUAAAAUGGACCCAAGAAAAGUGGAGACAGUGAAGAAUUGGACCGUCCCCAAAACAGUUAAGGAUGUGCAAGCAUUUCUAGGUUUUGCUAACUUUUACCGCCGAUUUAUACGUGGAUUCUCGGAACUGGCUUCCCCCCUUAACAGACUGACGCGUAAGGACAUAUCAUUCGGAUGGACACCCGAAGCCCAAACCGCCUUCAACGCCCUGAAAGAAGCCUUCACCACGGCUCCCAUUCUUACUCAUGUUGACCCCGAGAAAGAAAUUACUGUGGAAACCGACGCAUCUGACUAUGUCUCUGCCGGUGUACUCUCCCAAUAUGAUGACAAUGGUACCCUUCGACCUGUCGCAUACUUCUCAAAAAAGCACUCCCCCGCCGAAUGCAACUACGAGAUUUACGACAAGGAACUACUGGCAAUUAUUCGGUCUUUUGAGGAGUGGCGACCGGAACUUGAAGGGGCUGUACACCCAAUCGCCAUCAUAUCCGAUCAUAAGAAUCUCGAAUACUUUAUGAGUACCAAACAACUCAACCGGAGACAAGCACGGUGGGCAGAAUACCUGUCACGGUUUAAUUUUGUUAUCAAAUACCGACCAGGGAAACAAGGAGGGAAGCCGGACGCGUUGACAAGAAGAUCAGGAGAUCUCCCUGGAGAGGGGGAUGAAAGACAAUUGCAUCAGAGUCAAGUCGUGUUGAAGAAGGAGAAUCUUGAUGCAAAGCUAAGUUUUGAGAAGAACGGUGACAAAAACGAUGGAAACAUUAAAAACGAGAGCGACGAUAAUGACAUUGAUCAAGAGCUUGAGGAUAUGUUUGGCGUUGGGAUUACGGCCCAAUCAAACCGAGAUGAAGCCCAGAAACAACUGGAGAAGCGGGAUAAAAGAGCUCGUUCAAGGGCCGUCAAAAUCGAAGAUGAUGCAAAUUCUGAUCAGUCAAAGAAAAGGACGAGAAUUCAGCCAGCCCCAACCUCACUGCAGGAAUUAUUCGAUGAAGGAUAUAGCGCUGACCCGUUUCACCAAAAGAUACUGGAUAUGCGGAAUAAAGGCGAUCGACAAUCAAAGGACAUAUCACUCGCCGAAUGCACCGAGGUUGAAGGCCGAUUGCUUUACCGAGGCAGUAUAUAUGUCCCUGAUUACGACCCUCUUAAGCUUCGAAUCCUCCAACUUUACCAUGACGCUGCCUCUGCUGGACACCCGGGACGCGAAAAAACAUUCGAACUCAUUGCCCGCUACGUUCGGAACUGCCACACCUGUCAACGAAGCAAGCCCAAUACCCAUGGAAAACUCGGCGUACUUCGAUCUUUACCGAUUCCCGAACAACCAUGGCAGGAGGUAUCAAUGGACUUCGUUACCGGCCUACCGGAGAGUGAAGGGUACGAUGCAAUUAUGGUAGUUGUUGACCGGUUAACGAAGAUGCGACAUCUCCUGCCCUGUAAUACAACUGUCAACUCCGAAGACGUCGCCCAACUAUACCUGCGAAACAUAUGGAAGCUCCACGGGCUACCCACACACGUCACCUCCGAGCGCGGUACGCAAUUUACAGCCAAGUUUUGGAAGGCUCUUUGUAAACACCUCAACAUCGAAGCAAGGAUGUCUACCGCCUUCCACCCGGAGACCGACGGCCAAACCGAAAGGCUCAAUGCUGUCAUGGAGCAAUAUCUACGUGGGUAUGUCUCUUAUCAACAGGACGAUUGGGUAAAAUGGCUUCCUAUGGCAGAAUUCUCCGCCAACAACCAGGUCUCCGCAUCCACUAAAGCUACACCAUUCUUCGCGAACUAUGGAUUCCACCCCCGGUUCACAGUGACGAUUAAAUCGCUUGACAGGACCCCACCGAGUCUCAAUGCUAAAGACUUCGCCUUGAAGAUGAAAGAACUCCAUGGGUACCUACGUUCCAACAUCCGCACGGCGCAAGAUCAACAAGAGCAGGCCGUCAACACCAAACGAACGCCGGCUCCACGGUACGAUAUCGGCGAUAUGGUGUUUGUUUCAGCAAAAAACAUCCGAACUACGCGUAACUCCCGGAAGCUGGACUGGAAGAAGCUGGGACCGUUCCCCGUUAAAGAAAUUAUAUCGCCAUAUGCGUAUCGAGUCGACCUGCCUAGGAGUAUGAAGAUGCACCCCGUCUUCCAUGUAUCAUUGCUAGACCCCGCUGCAAACGAUCCUGAGUAUGCAGUUGAGGAAAUCUUGGACUCGCGAGAAACACGGAAUGGUGGCCUGCAAUAUUUUGUUAAAUGGACAGGCUAUACCGACCCUACCUGGGAACCCGCCGCAUACCACGAUAAUACCGCCGCCGUCGAUAUCUUCCAUACACAUUACCCCGACAAACCUGGACCGUUGGAAGGCAAGAUUAAGGUUAAGGCUCGCAGGAGCUCGCGCUUGAAGGGAGGGGCUACUUUCAUGGAUCGAUUAGUGGAGGUACGGGGUUACGAAGAGUUGGAUUAG